AUGGCGUGGAGCCAUCUGGACGUCGAUAAGCCACAUGUGGCCUACAUAAUCCUAGGGGGGUUCACCUCGCUGUUCAUGUUAUGCUCGCUCUUUGUCAAGGAGAAGCUGUACAUUGGCGAAGCGACGGUCGCCACCCUGUGCGGCAUCAUCUUCGGUCCCCAUGCCGCCAACCUGUUCAACCCGCUGUCCUGGGGCAAUGUCGACAAGAUCACCCUCGAGUGCUCGCGCAUCGUCCUCGUCGUCCAGUGUUUCGCUGUCGGCGUCGAAUUGCCCAAGGCCUACAUGGAACGCCAUUGGAAGUCCGUCUUCCUCUUGCUCGUCCCCGUCAUGACCUGGGGCUGGCUGGCCACCAGUCUCUUCAUCUGGUGGAUGGUGCCCCCGCUCUCCUGGCUCGAGAGUCUCGUCUGCGCCGCCUGCGUCACGGCCACCGACCCCGUCCUGGCCUCCUCCGUUGUCGGUAAAGGCAAGUUCGCCAAGCGCGUCCCCAAACAUCUCCGUGACGUCCUCUCCGCCGAGUCCGGCUGCAAUGACGGCAUGGCCUUCCCCUUCAUCUAUCUCGCCUUCUACAUCUACCGCUACCGCCCCGACGCCGGCACCGUCACCCUCAACUGGUUCUGCGUCACCAUCCUCUACGAAUGCAUCUUCGGCGCCGUCUACGGCUUUCUCAUCGGCUACUUGGCCCGCCACGCCAUCAAGUUCGCCGAGCGCAAGCAGCUCAUCGACCGCGAGAGCUUCCUCGUCUUCUACUUCGUCCUCGCCCUCUUCUGCGCCGGCUCGGGCAGUCUGCUCGGCAUGGACGACCUCCUCAUCGGCUUCGCCGCCGGCGUCGGCUUCAGCAACGACGGUUGGUUCACCGAAAAGACCGAGGAGUCCCACGUCUCCAACGUCAUCGACCUCUUGCUCAACCUGGCCUACUUUGUUUACUUUGGCUCCAUCAUCCCCUGGCAGAACUACAACGACCCGGCCCUCGGCCUGGUUCCCUGGCGCCUCGUCGUCAUCGCCCUCCUCGUCAUCUUCUUUCGCCGCAUCCCCAUCAUGCUGCUGAUGAAACCCUUCAUCCCGGAUAUCAAGACCUGGCGCGAGGCCCUCUUCGCCGGCCACUUCGGCCCCAUCGGCGUCGGCGCCAUCUUCGCCGCCAUCCUCGCCCGCGCCGAGCUCGAGAACAACGGCACCGAGCCCCUCCCCCAGAGCGACCUGCCCACCGCCCCGGGCCAGACCAACUACUACAUCAUCCGCCUCAUCUGGCCCAUCACCACCUUCAUGGUCAUCUCCUCCAUCCUCGUCCACGGCUCCUCCAUCGCCGUCUUCACCCUCGGCAAGCGCAUCAACACCCUCACCAUCUCCCUCUCCUACACCACCGCCAACGAGGACGGCCCCUCGUGGAUGAACCGCCUGCCCCGCGUCCAGUCCAUCGCCAAGGGCUCCAUGUCCCUCCGCAAACCCGACGCCGACGACCUCGCCCUCGAUUCCUCCUCCCACGAGAAGCUCCCCGAGUAUCCCCCGGGCACCCUGCCCCCCAUCGGCGUGCCCCGCAACUUCCUGCGCCGUGUGCGCGAAGAAGAGGCCGAACCCCAAAGCAGCCGCGCCUCCAGCCGCCGCCCGCUGCGCCGUCGUCGUAAGAAGAAGAGCCAGCAGCAGCAGCGUCCCGAUAUCGCCCGCAUCGGCGGGCCCAUCAGCCAGUCGGCCAUCAUGCCCCAACCGCGGCAGCCCUCGGUAUCGGAUCUCGAAAAGGGUGGCCCGGAGGACGAGGACACGGCCAAGAGUGAGAGCGAAGAGCGUGACCGCAUCGACACUGGCGGCUCCCCAGCCUCCAAGGAGCGCGAACGCUUCCGUCGCGAACCCCAGAUUGAGGUGUAUCAGGAAGGUCACCACCUGAUCAUCGAGGAUGAAGAAGGUAACGUGCUCAAGACCGAGGACAUCAGUCACGAGUCGCCCGAGGAGCAGCGCCAGCACAUCCUGGAACAGCGCCAGCGCCUUCAGCAGGAUCAAUCUGGCGAAUUUGCCAAAUCUCGAAGUCAUCCUCACGAGAAGACCGAGGGCGAAGAGAUCAAGCAUGCAGUUGAGGACCGGGUCGGUCUGACGGGUGAUACCAUCCGCAAGAAGCUGGGUAAAUGGGCGGUUUGGGGUCAGCAGCAGCAGCAGCAGCAACAACAACAACAACAUCCAAAGCAAGAAAAAGAAUCUACAGGGGGUGCUACUACUGCUGACACUGCCGGUGCGACUACCGCCAAACGCUCGACACGGUCCGCGCACGCGUAUCAAUUCGGUAAUACGAUCAUCGUCGAGGACGAAGACGGCGAAGUCAUCAAGAAAUACACCAUCCCCGCGACGGAGAAGAAGGCUGACCAAACCCCCGCCGGGACGACGGAUCGCUACCUCCGCCGUGGGUUGACACGCAUGGGCACCUGGCUCGGUAUGGAGGAAGAAGGUGGCAGUGGAGGUGACGGCGGCGAAUCCUCGCAAGCCGCGGUGCAACGGGCGCUCACCGAAGAUGACGACGGGCUGCGAUUCACGCUGGCGGAUAACGCCACCGUGGCCGAGCGCGGCAUCAACCACAAGGGCCGGCGCAUGAACAAGCGCGAAUUCAUCCGGCAGAUCCAGCAGCUCGACCCCAAGGCGCGACGGGAUGUCGUGGAGCAGACCGACGCACCCGCGGAAGUGAAACAGGUCGCGCAGGAGGAGGCGGCCAAUCAGGUCCGCAGAGAGAGAAUCUCUAGUAGAAGAUUCCUCAACGACGACGCUCAAGACGAAGAAGAAGAGGAAGACUCGCACUAUGAAUCUGUGGCGGAUCUCAGCGACGAUGAAGAAUCCUCCUCGGACGAACACAUUCCCGGCCACAAUGUCGCGGCCUCGUUCGCCCGCUUUUCCGAAGGUUCCGCCGCGCAAGCCCGCCGUAGCCAACUAGGUUCAGCAUCACAGGCCGCCAUGGCCACUAAGCAUUCUUCUUCUUCUUCUCCUUCUUCCUCUUCCUCUUCUACAGCUGCUGCUGCAGCAGCUGCAGCUCCUCCAUCCCAUUUACAACACGACUCCGACGACGACGGUACGGAACGGAUCCCCCCCUCGCAACUCCGUGCCGGCGAGAGUGGUGGACCUUCUUCUCCUCCUCCUCCUCCUCCUCCUCCUCCUCCUCCCAUGAGUGCUAUCCCACGCAUCAGGGUGGAUCUACAUGAUGAUGAUGACGACGAUGAUGAUACAGGCGAAACCCCCGCGGAACGACGCCGCCGUCUCGCCGCGCUGGGCCAAUUGGAGAAUCCCGGCGACGACAGCGAGGAAGACGGCGAGAACGACGGGUUCCGCGCCGUGCGGGGGAAAGUACAAUUUGCGGAUGGGCCGCGGCCCUCCGAGAGCCGGACCACGGCUGGGACGGUGCAUCGAAGUGAGACUGAUGGACAGCAGAGUUAUCGGCGGCACCGGCCGAGGAUUUCAUGGGGUGGAGAGAGCGGACGAGACGAUUGA